CCCUCCGUCCCAUUCCACCCAAACUCAAAUCCCUCGCCGGCGAAGCACCCACACCCAAACCCCUCCGGCUCCAAUGGCCCGCACGAAGCAGACGGCGCGCAAGUCCACCGGCGGCAAGGCGCCGAGGAAGCAGCUGGCGACCAAGGCGGCGCGCAAGUCGGCCCCGGCCACCGGCGGCGUGAAGAAGCCCCACCGCUUCCGCCCGGGGACCGUGGCGCUCCGGGAGAUCCGCAAGUACCAGAAGAGCACGGAGCUGCUCAUCCGCAAGCUCCCCUUCCAGCGGCUGGUGCGGGAGAUCGCGCAGGACUUCAAGACCGACCUGAGGUUCCAGUCCUCCGCCGUCUCCGCGCUCCAGGAGGCCGCCGAGGCGUACCUGGUCGGGCUUUUCGAGGACACCAACCUGUGCGCCAUCCACGCCAAGCGCGUCACCAUCAUGCCCAAGGACAUCCAGCUCGCCCGCCGCAUCCGCGGGGAGCGCGCCUAGGUUUUCGGUCGCCGCCGGUCAAGCUACUGGGUUGUAGCGCUUCCUGUCUGGUGUCUUCUGUUCGGUGGUGUUGAUAUGAUGUGUCGUCUUGUCCCAUUCCCAUGUAGCAUGAUGCUGAAAUGAAAUGGCAGUGAAAAGUUCAGUUAA